AUGUCUGGCUGGGAUUUCGACUUUGAUCAGGACGAAAGUUUCGCCGCCGGAUUCAUCGAUGCAGACAGCCUUUUCUUCUCGGGAUCUCCCACAUUCGAGCCAUCAAUCUUCCAAAAUGUAGAUCAAAACAUUCAGCAGAUGCCAGCAUUAAAUCCGACACCAAUUCAGCAAAUACCUGUCAACAGGCAAGCACCUGCUACAGGCGGUCACGAUUUAGCUACCGAAAAUGAUCAGCUACGUCAAUUUUUCACAUCACUCAAAGAAAAAGCAGCCCAAGCAGAAAGCCUUAAUCAGUCUUUGAAGUCACAGCUCGAGGACUGUCGUAACUGGUUCCGCGAUGCGAUGUUUACAGGUAUGAACACUCAUAAGUGA